AUGCAUUUCGUGCAAGUUCUCGUAGUGUAAAAUAUGUACGCGGGAGAUAAAAUACAAAAUGUACCGUACAAAAACACAGAUAACUCGCAAAGGUGACAGUCAAGAACUUGUGAAUUACGACGAUUAAAAAUAUCCACCGUGGCAUAAAGAACUGUUAUCGUAUGUUAAUUAGCAUUUCGCUGCAGAACUCGUUAUUAUUCGAUUAAAUGUUGAAUAAUAAAAAUAACUUGGAAGCAGAGUUCUACAGUCUCACUAUAUCGGUGGAAAGAAAACAUCAAGUCAAGUCUUUCGGUGUGGAUAAGCCUGUGUCAAAGUUUUAUACAUCGUUCGUUUAUCACCUGGGCUAUUCGAUGGAGAAAAACAUGAAGGAUGGCGUGAAAUACGAAAAGUUGUGUUACAGCGGACAAAGAUGCCAAAAGAUACCAGAAGCACUGAUCAAAAUGUACGGUACGAAGACACAGAGUUUGGACUUGAGCUACAACGAACUUAUUACGCUGAGGGGACUGGAAGGGUUCCCGCUAUUGAAGGAAUUGAUAUUGGACAAUAACGAACUCUCCGAUACCCUGGUCCUUCCAUAUCUCCCGCAUCUCAAUCUCUUAUCGCUCAAUAAAAAUAAGAUUUUCGACAUAGAAACCCUAAUAACGAAAAUACAACACAAUCUUCCCAGCUUGAAUUAUCUGAGCCUUCUCGGUAACAAAGCUUGUCCUAACGAAUUGGCGGACGCUGAAAACGACGAAGAAGACUAUCAAAGAUACAGGUAUUUCGUGCUGUAUCACCUACCAAACCUGAAAUUCUUGGAUUCCACCAAAGUGAGGGAAUUCGAAAGGGCGGAAGCGAAAAGAAGAGGAAAAUUCAUGAGAGUCAUCCGUCCAGUAGCAACCCCUGAAGACGACGAAACAGACACCCAAUGGGACAAUAGAUUCACCCCCCUUCCUAAAAAUCUACGAAGCCUAGACGACCAAAGGGGAUCCAUAAGGAAAUGUAAGAAAGUUUACCAAGGCAAGCAUUCCGAAGGCAACAGGUUCAUAUCCAACAAUGAUUUAUGAUCGGUCCUAGAUCUCACAAACUAUUUUCUAUUCUUUGUUAUCGGUUCUCGUCGAAUGAAACGUUUCACGUG